GUUUUAUUAAGCCACCAUGAAAUCCCCAGUAAACAAUCCAAAACUAGUGUUAUAGAUUUGUGCAGCUUUCAUAUUUGCCAUGACUUCACUUCUGCAAAACUUUGUUAACAUCUCAGCCUUUAAGCUUGAAUCUUUGCAGGGUCAUCAGAAAUACAAAAAACCCGCUAGCAUUUACUCCCUACCAAGAACAAAGUUAACUUCUUUUCAUCACAACGGGUUCAAAGUGAGGGCUUUUGGGGAGAGGUGGUCUUUCUUGGGUGGGAGUAGGCGUGAGGGUGUGAUUUUAUUGGAGGAGAGGUGGAAGAAGAAGAAAAGGGUGGUUUUGGUGAAAUUUAAUCAGGGGUUUGGUUUUAAUGGUGGAGGUGGUGGGAGAGAUGAUGGUGCCACUGCUAGAAUUCUGGGAAAUCUUGCUCUGGCUAUUGGGUUGACAUAUCUUUCAAUGACUGGGCAGCUUGGUUGGCUUCUGGAUGCAAUUGUUUCCAUUUGGCUCUUUGCAGUGCUUAUACCGAUCGUUGGGUUGGGUGCUUUUCUUUGGUGGGCUGGACGAGAUAUGAUUCAAGGCACUUGCCCAAACUGUGGAAAUGAUUUUCAAGUUUUCAAAUCUUCUCUAAAUGAUGAUUUGCAGCUGUGCCCCUUCUGCACCCAACCUUUUUCUGUGGUGGGCAAUGAAUUUGUAAGCGACUCCGUGAAGUUCUCCAAUGAAUCGACAACAUUUGGGCAGGCUUUCAAUGACUUUUCCCGUUCCAAAAAAGGAAAAGAUUCUUCUAUGGCAGUUGUUGAUGUUGAAGCAGAAGUAAAAGAUGCAGACUGAAACUACACAACCAUUAUAGCCUGGUAUGCAGUUAAAGAUGAUAAUCUAGGCAGCCGUUCACGAAAGCACUUGAUAUAUUCUAGGUUUUUGUCUGGUCUAAAAAAUGAUUUUUGUUCUUUUUAAGCCAGUGAACAUUUUUCCCUUGUGCCUUCAAGAUACACCCCUCAGAAGUUCAAUGCCUGAGCCUCUGAAGGUGGUAUAUAUAUCAUACUGAACUGGAGACACACUUGAUGAACAGGACCCGUAAUGCUAGAGAGGAACGGUUAGUUAAGUGGCAUUGCAGCUGUAAUAUAAGUUUUGACAGUGAUGUCUCUUGUAUUAUAUUUUUGUAUACCAUUUGUUGGAAAAAAAAUAAAGGUGUGCUAUUGUCUUAA